UUUUGCGACAGGACGUAAGCGGCGACGGAGGUGGCGCGACAGCUGCUGGAGGGCCGAGGAGGCGGAGCGGCGGGUCCUGUCCUCGCCAUGAGGCCGCAGCAGGCGCCGGUGUCCGGGAAGGUGUUCAUUCAGCGAGACUACAGCAGCGGCACGCGCUGCCAGUUCCAGACCAAGUUCCCCGCGGAGCUGGAGAACAGGAUUGACAGACAGCAGUUUGAAGAAACAGUUCGAACUCUAAAUAACCUUUAUGCAGAAGCAGAGAAACUUGGGGGCCAGUCGUAUCUUGAAGGCUGUUUGGCUUGUUUAACAGCAUACACCAUCUUCUUAUGCAUGGAAACUCAUUAUGAGAAGGUCUUGAAGAAAGUCUCCAAAUACAUUCAAGAACAGAAUGAGAAGAUAUAUGCUCCCCAAGGCCUCCUCCUAACAGACCCCAUUGAGAGAGGACUUCGAGUUGUAUCUUUUUAGUCCAGCUUAGAAGGUCUA